GUCAGAGGGUCGCGCGGUGGGGGGCGAGGAGCGCCUAUAUAAAGUAUCCGUGCGACUUUGACGCUCCACUCCACGAAGCUCGGCCUGAACGAGUGCGACGCGUGAGUUUCCAGCAUCAGCAGACUCCAGGUGAAGCAGCUCCGCACUGCAGGACAGAGCUGUGAUGAGGGCGGCGUGUGUGAUCCUCUUGGCCUCUCUGACGCUGUCCGUGUCCCCCGGGGGCCAGGCUCAGGCUCUGCCGGGUGAGGGUGACCCGUCUCUGGAUGAGCUGCUCCAGCUGCUGCGCUCCAUGCUCACACAGAUGGAGGACGAGAACCACGCCAACGGAGAGCAGAUGGAGUGGCUGGAGAAGAGACAGCAUCCUGGUAAACGUGAGGAGGACGGCGGCCGGCUGAGGAGGCAGCACCCCGGGAAGCGUCUGUCUCUGGAGCAGGUGAUGCUGGAGGAGCCCAGCGAGCUCUCCAAGCGCCAGCACCCCGGCAAACGAUACCUGAUGCUGCUCCACAAACGCCAGCACCCCGGCCGCAGAGAGCUGCAGGAGGCAAGCCUGGCCAAGCGCCAGCAUCCCGGGAAGAGACUGUGCGAGGACUGGAGCGAGACCGGCUGCGAUCCAGCCAGCGUCCUGCUGGAGCUCCUGGACAGAAGCGGCGCCGAGGAGAAGAGACAGCAUCCCGGCAAACGCCUCGAGCUGGAGGACGAUCUCACCGAGCAAGAGUGACUGGCAAAAGAGUUCACUGAAUUGUCUGAGCUGUUAAAACAGAUGAAUAAGUGAGUGUUGGAAAACACACCCGUCUCCAUGUGUCCUAUACGUGUUCCUGGAACAACAUUCCAAUCAACCAAUCAGAAUAGAUGGAUAACUUUCUCAGUUUUCGGCUUACGAUCAGGGUUAGGUGCUUCUACACCCUUGUUAUCAUUUCCCACUGACUUUAGGAAUAAAUUAUGGGUAGAGUUCCACUUAUGAAAAUUAACCAUGUUUUUACAACAAAUAAAACCAAAAAACCCAUGGUUACUACACUUUAACUACAAUAAAACCAUGGUUAAUUUCCGUCAGUGUAGGUUUAGGGGUAAGGCUUGGGUUAACAUGUCUUGCUUGGUGAAGUUUUGUUUUACCGGUCGCUUUCACGUUUCUCGUUUCGUUCCAGCAAGAGGCUGUUUAUCAAGUGAAAAUCUCUGUUCAUUGUGCGAUGUUUUUCGUCUACAGCACCCUGCUCCACAUGUUUGGUUUGGCACACAGCUGUGCUGCUCCACGAGGUGCGAAACAUUUCACUAAUGCAUGCGAGCAGAGAACAUCUCCAGCGAGAGCCCAAAUCUCCGCCGAAGCGGCUCACAGAUCUAGGAGACGGGUUGCUGGGAUAUUUUUCUACAGUAGCUAGCUUAACCCUUGCAUGACUUGACCUGUACAUGAGUUCAUGAUUUAUUUUUGUUCUAUUGAUGAAGAGCAUAUAGAUGAUUAUAAUGUUGUACAAUAAAAUGCUUUCGAUGCGAA